AUUCGAGCCCUAACUUCAACAAAAGGUUGAGUUGGACCCGGAUUCCCUAUAACCGGGUCCGGGGCAAUCCUAAUCGGGAGGGAAAAAAAACCAAGUUAAAAAUAAUCAGUUCAGUUCUUUUUGAAUCGAAACCCUAGAUUCUUAAACCCUUUGUUGUUUCGUGUUGUUGGUGUAGAAUCAGUGGUCGAGUAUUGCGAUGGCCAAAAGUCCCUCCAGUUCUUCGGGGUUUGGGACAACCUCAACCCUGUUUGGAGCCAGCAGUGGUUCCUCUCCAUUUUCAUCUUCAUCGGCUGCUUCUACUACUAGCCCUUUUGGUUUUGUAUCUUCGUCUUCAGCAUUUACUGCUACUACAGUUACAACUCCGUCGUUUUCAAGCUUGAUUCCAUCAAGCUCAGCUUCAAAUUCAGCCACCGCUUCUCCUUUCUCUGCUUCUAUGGGGUUCUCUUUCUCGGGUGGUUCACCAUUUUCGAUGAGCAGUGCAAGUUCGACCCCAACAGUAACCUCUACUACCGCGCUUUCGUUAACAUCUGCUUCUACUUCUUCAAGCUCUUCAGGCUUCUCUUUUGCCCCAUCUCCUUCUGCUUCUUCAAGCUCUUCAGGCUUCUCGAUUGCUCCAUCUUCUUCCUUUGGAUUUGGCAAUGCUGCUUCUUCAUCAUCACCAGCAUCCACAUUCUCUGAAAGGGUCGGGACAUCUUCAUCUUCAUCUAUUUUUGGAGCCAGCAGUGGUUCCACUGUAUUUUCAUCUUCACCAGCGCAGACUACCACUACUAGUUCUUUUGGUUCUUCAUCUUCAUCUUCAUCUACAACCCCAUCGUUUGCAAGCUUCAUGUCGUCAAGCUCAGCUUCAAAUUCAAACACCACUUCACCUUUCUCGGCUUCUACAGGGUUCUCCUUCCCGGGUAGUUCAAUAUUUCCAAAGAGCACUGAAAGUUCGGCACCAACAACAACCUCUACUACAGCACCUUCCUUAACAGCUGCUUCUUCUUCAUCAAGCUCUUCAGGCUUCUCUUUUACCCAACCUUCUUCAGCCUCUCAACCUACCUUUGGAUUUGGCAAAGCCACUUCAUCAGCAUCACCAGCACCCGCAUUCUCUGAAAGGUUCGGGACAUCUUCAUCCUUUUUUGGAGCCAGUGGUGGUUCCCCUCUAGUUUCAUCUUCACCAGCGCCGGCUAUUACUACUGGUACUGCAGGGUUCUCUUUUGGGGGUAGUUCACCAUUUUCGAAGAGCACUGCAAGUUCAACGCCAAUAGUAACCUCUACUACAGCACCUUCUUUAACAGCUGCUUCUUCUUCAUCAAGCUCUUCAAGCUUCUCUUUUGCUCCACCUUCAGCCUCUCAACCUACCUUUGGAUUUGGCAAAAUAGCACCAUCAUCAUCUCCUGCACCCACAUUCUCUGGCGUUGCCGCAUCGAAACCCACUUCUUUGCCUUUUGGAACAUCAUCAGCGCCAUUGUUUUCAACAGUUACCACCGCAACUGCUUCUACUUCAGCAGCUAGUACGACCACUGCUUCAACUCCAGCAUUCCCUGCGUUUAACUUAGGUUCUUCAUCUUCUGCUACUACGGCUUCUUCCUUAGCUGCAUCUUCAGUUUCAGAUACUUCAUUGGCUGCUGUGAGCUCUUUGGGUGGAUUUGGUGUGACAAAUGCUGCUGCUACAGCAGGGAGUUCUGGUUCUUUCUCUGGCUUUUCUUUAUCAACAAAACCAUCCACUCCUGCUUCAUCCUCACAAGCACAAUCUACUACCUCUACUCCUGUAUUUGGUCUCCCUGCUUCUUCAACAACUUCAACUUCCAUUACUACUACUGCCCAAACAUCAUCAGCACUUGUUAUAUCUUCAAGUGGCGGGACAAGUUCAAGUGCUACAGCUGCAGUAUCUACUACCCCAAAAUUACCAUCUGAGAUAACAGGAAAGACAGUGGAGGAGAUCAUCAAGGAAUGGAAUGCUGAACUUCAGGAACGCACUGGGAAAUUUCGAAAGCAGGCCAGUGCAAUAGCUGAGUGGGACAGGAGAAUAUUGCAGAAUCGUGAUGUUCUUCUUAGACUUGAGAUUGAAGUGGCAAAAGUGGUUGAGACCCAAGCUAGCCUGGAGCGACAACUUGAGUUAAUUGAGACUCACCAACAAGAGGUUGAUAAGGCUUUGCAAAGUAUGGAAGAAGAAGCAGAACGUAUUUACAAGGAUGAGCGUGGAUUGCUUCUAGAUGAUGAAGCUGCAUCAACAAGAGAUGCAAUGUAUGAGCAGGCCGAAAUUGUUGAGAGGGAAUUGGAGCACAUGACAGAACAGAUAAAGUCUAUUAUUGAGACCGUAAACUCUAGUCAGGGUGGUGAACUUGAGGCACUGGACGGAAUGACUCCCUUAGAUGCGGUUGUCAGAAUCUUGAAUAAUCAACUGACUUCUUUAAUGUGGGUUGAUGAGAAGGCUGAGGAAUUCUCUUCUCGUAUUCAGAAGCUUGCCACCCAGGGUUCUGCUGCAGAUAGAGAAUUAAUGGCUCCAAAAUUUUGGAUGUGAUGAUCCUCCAAUCGUAAACUUACCUUGAAGGUUGUCCUAAAGUUGCUGCUGAAUUUAGUAAAUGGAGAGGAACGAUUAAAAUACAAAAUGAAACAUUUGAUAAUUUUUCCUGGAAGAUAUAAACAUAUGAUGCUUGUGGUAAUUUGGCGGUGAUUGUUGCCAUUAAAGUUAUUACAACUUCAACCGGAUCUAACGAUUAUUAUCUUCUUUAGAAGAAUUGAGGUUUAAGAUUUGAAUUUUGUUCUACAUUGUUAAAUUUUU